AUGUCCCUCAUCAAAAGACAAAAGUUUAAUGCCUAUGUAACACUAAAAGUACAAAAUGUGAAGAGCACAACAAUUGCAGUAAGAGGGAACCUUCCCUGCUGGGAGCAAGACUUCAUGUUUGAGAUUAAUCGGCUGGACCUUGGCCUAACAGUAGAAGUCUGGAACAAAGGACUUAUUUGGGACACCAUGGUGGGUACUGUAUGGAUCCCACUAAGAACCAUAAGACAGUCCAAUGAGGAAGGCCCUGGUGAAUGGCUUACCCUCGACUCACAAGUAAUAAUGACAGAUAAUGAGAUAUGUGGAACAAAAGACCCUACCUUCCACUGCAUUUUGCUUGACACCCGAUUUGAACUUCCAUUAGAUAUUCCUGAAGAGGAGGCUCGUUACUGGGCUAAAAAACUUGAGCAACUGAAUGCCAUGCGGGAUCAGGAUGAUUAUGUGUUUCGAGAAGAAGAAGAGAAUCCGCUGCCUGUCCAUGGUUCUCAGUGCUGUAACUGGAAUUACUUUGGCUGGGGAGAGCAGCACAACAAUGAGGAUCCUGAUAGUGCUGUGGAUGAUCGUGACAGUGAUUAUCGAAGUGAGACUAGUAAUAGUAUCCCUCCAGCAUACUACUCCACAUGCCAGCCAAACGCCUCUGUACAUCAGUAUCCAGUGCGGCAUCAGUAUAGUUCUCAUGGAUCAUAUACAGACUCAGUACACAGUUAUGACAUGGAUUUCUCUGACCAUCGUCUAAUCAGGCAUUACGAUGCCACAAAUGGGCGCAGUGAUGUGGAGUCCGUCUCUGGUUCAAGCCGCCUCACCAGUCGGCAGCAUUCUCUGGAAAGCCGGCAGUCACUAGAUCUGUCUGAUAGCCCCACUGGCAGCAGUCGAUAUGCUUCAUCAGGAGAACUCAGCCGGGAUUCCACUCAGCUCAGUGAUGAUUUUGACCCAGAAAAUGACAGUCUGCAGGGUUCAGAAAUAGAAGAGCGGGACAGAGACUCAUAUCACUCCUGUAACAGUUCUGUCAGUUACCGAAAAGAUUCUCCAAACUGGGAGGGACAAGAAUGCCCUGAUGGCUACAGUGAAGAUGAUGAUUAUGAAGGGGGUUACUCUGAUAGCAGAGGACAGCUCUCUGAUAGAGAUUUUUAUGAUGAUGAGCUUCAAGAAGAAGAUGGAAAAAUGACAUAUGAACUUGAAGACUCCUUGUAUCUGUCUGGAGAAAGUAAAGAAAAGGCACCUCCUGAGAUCGCAGAAGAGGAAGAACGGUCCCCAGAGGUUGUUGCAGAGUCUGAGGCAGUGUCAACACCACCUGAAUUACAAGAGCCAUUAUCAGAGAGGGCGUACAGGGAUAAGACCUCCGGCAUUUCAAGAGCUAAAUCAAACUGGCUUAGGGCAUUCAACAAAGUGCGGAUGCAGCUACAAGAGGCCAGAGGUGAAGGUAGUGGGGAAAUGUCGAAGUCUCUGUGGUUUAAAGAUGGACCUGCUGGUGGUCUCAUUAUUAUUGACAGUAUGCCAGACAUUAGGAAAAGAAAGCCCAUACCUCUAGUUAGUGACUUGGCAAUGUCCCUAGUACAAUCCCGCAAAGCAGGCAUAACUUCCGCACUUGCAACAAGCACUUUAAACAAUGAAGAACUAAAAAACCAUGUUUACAAGAAGGCCCUUCAAGCUUUAAUAUACCCAAUCUCCAGCACUACACCUCACAACUUUGAGGUGUGGACUGCCACAACACCCACCUACUGUUAUGAGUGUGAAGGGCUCUUGUGGGGUAUUGCCCGGCAGGGUAUGCGGUGUACAGAAUGUGGAGUCAAGUGCCAUGAAAAAUGUCAGGACCUACUGAAUGCCGACUGUUUGCAAAGGGCAGCUGAAAAGAGCUCCAAGCAUGGAGCUGAGGAUCGUACUCUUAAUAUUAUCAUGGUUCUGAAAGAUAGGAUGAAAAUCCGCGAAAGAAACAAACCAGAGAUAUUUGAGCUUAUUCAAGAGGUUUUUGGAGUUGCUAAAGCCACACAUGCACAUCAGAUCAAAGCUGUAAAGCAGAGUGUUCUGGAUGGGACCUCAAAGUGGUCAGCAAAGAUCAGCAUCACCGUGGUGUGUGCACAGGGUCUACAGGCCAAGGAUAAGACAGGCUCCAGUGAUCCCUAUGUUACUGUACAGGUUGGAAAAACAAAGAAAAGAACCAAGACCAUCUAUGGAAACCUUAACCCUGUUUGGGAGGAAAAUUUCCACUUUGAGUGUCACAACUCCUCAGAUCGUAUCAAGGUACGUGUAUGGGAUGAAGAUGAUGACAUAAAAUCAAGAGUGAAACAAAGAUUUAAACGCGAGUCAGAUGAUUUUUUGGGACAAACUAUCAUUGAAGUUCGAACACUGAGUGGAGAGAUGGACGUAUGGUACAAUCUAGAUAAGCGCACAGACAAAUCUGCAGUAUCUGGUGCUAUCAGAUUGCACAUCAGCGUGGAGAUCAAAGGCGAGGAGAAGGUGGCCCCAUAUCAUGUACAAUAUACUUGUCUACAUGAGAACCUGUUCCAUUACCUUACAGAUGUACAGAAUAAUGGAGUUGUAAAAAUUCCUGAUGCCAAAGGGGAUGAUGCCUGGAAGGUUUACUUUGAUGAGACUGCACAGGAAAUAGUGGAUGAAUUUGCAAUGAGAUAUGGAGUGGAGUCAAUAUACCAAGCAAUGACUCAUUUUGCCUGCCUUUCUUCAAAAUACAUGUGCCCAGGUGUACCGGCUGUUAUGAGCACUCUUCUUGCCAAUAUUAAUGCCUACUAUGCCCACACCACUGCAUCGACUAAUGUGUCUGCUUCAGAUCGAUUUUCUGCUUCAAACUUUGGUAAGGAAAGAUUUGUGAAGCUGCUUGAUCAACUGCACAACUCAUUGCGUAUUGACCUUUCAAUGUACCGGAAUAAUUUUCCAGCUAGCAGCCCAGAGAGACUUCAAGACCUCAAAUCUACUGUUGAUUUACUUACCAGUAUCACAUUCUUCAGAAUGAAGGUGCAAGAGCUGCAGAGUCCACCCAGGGCAAGCCAAGUUGUGAAGGAUUGUGUAAAGGCCUGUCUCAAUUCCACUUAUGAAUACAUCUUCAACAAUUGCCAUGAGUUGUACAGUCGAGAAUAUCAAAGUGACCCGGCUAAAAAAGGGGAAGUACCACCUGAGGAGCAGGGACCAAGUAUCAAGAAUCUGGAUUUCUGGUCAAAACUAAUCACUUUGAUAGUGUCCAUAAUAGAAGAGGAUAAAAAUUCAUACACUCCAUGUCUAAACCAGUUCCCCCAGGAACUUAAUGUUGGUAAAAUCAGCGCUGAAGUUAUGUGGAGUCUCUUUGCUCAGGAUAUGAAAUAUGCCAUGGAAGAACACGACAAGCACCGUUUAUGUAAGAGUGCAGACUAUAUGAACUUACACUUCAAGGUCAAGUGGCUAUACAAUGAAUAUGUGACAGAUCUUCCAUCUUUUAGGAACAAGGUCCCUGAAUACCCUGCUUGGUUUGAGCCAUUUGUUAUUCAGUGGUUGGAUGAAAAUGAAGAAGUUUCUCGGGAUUUCCUUCAUGGAGCCUUGGAAAGAGACAAAAAGGAUGGGUUUCAGCAGACCUCAGAACAUGCUCUCUUUUCCUGCUCCGUCGUGGAUGUUUUCUCACAACUCAACCAGAGCUUUGAAAUAAUUAAGAAAUUGGAAUGUCCAGAUCCUCAAAUUGUUGGACAUUAUAUGCGCAGAUUUGCCAAGACAAUCAGUAACAUCCUCCUUCAGUAUGCAGAGAUAAUCUCCAAAGACUUUGCUUCACAUUGCUCCAAAGAGAAGAAUGAAGAGAAAGUGCCAUGUAUAUUAAUGAAUAACAUCCAACAACUUCGAGUCCAAUUGGAAAAAAUGUUUGAAGCAAUGGGUGGUAAAGAAUUGGAUCCUGAAACAAGUGACAUUCUUAAAGAGUUGCAGGUGAAACUUAACAAUGUGUUGGAUGAGCUUAGCAGAGUGUUUGCUACAAGUUUCCAACCACACAUAGAGGAGUGUGUGAAACAAAUGGGAGACAUCCUGAGUCAGGUCAAAGGGACUGGAAAUGUACCUGCCAGUAACUGUAGCAGUGUGGCUCAAGAUGCUGACAAUGUUUUACAGCCCAUACUGGACCCACUGGACAGCAACCUUACUCUUUUUGCUAAAAUUUGUGAGAAGACUGUUUUAAAACGUGUUUUGAAGGAGCUUUGGAAACUUGUAAUGAACACUAUGGAGAAGACUAUUGUAUUACCACCACUGACAGACCAAACUGUAAUUGGGACGCUGCUGAGAAAACAUGGCAAAGGGCUAGAGAAGAGCAGGGUGAAGCUGCCGUACCAUACAGAUGGGACUCAUCUCAUCAUUAAUGCUGCUAAAGAGUUGGGACACCUUUCCAAACUCAAGGAUCACAUGGUAAGGGAGGAAGCAAAGAGUUUGACCCCAAAACAAUGUGCGGUAGUGGAACUUGCACUGGAUACUAUUAAGCAAUAUUUCCAUGCUGGAGGUGUUGGUCUCAAAAAGACUUUCCUGGAGAAAAGUCCUGAUCUACAAUCUCUACGCUAUGCACUAUCUCUUUAUACACAGGCUACAGAUACACUGAUCAAAACCUUUGUCCAAACACAGUCUGCUCAGGUCCAUGGUGGAAAAGGUAUUAGAUUUACUCUUAGUGAAGAUAUUUAUCCAGAAAAGGGAUCUGGUGUGGAUGACUCAGUGGGAGAAGUCUCUAUCCAAGUGGAGCUGUUUACACACCCUGGAACGGGAGAGCACAAAAUCAGUGUUAAAGUUGUUGCAGCUAAUGAUCUCAAGUGGCAGACCUCAGGAAUUUUCCGUCCCUUCAUUGAGGUUAACAUGAUUGGUCCAAAUCUAAGUGACAAGAAGAGAAAGUUUACAACAAAAUCCAAGAAUAAUAGCUGGGCCCCAAAAUACAACGAGAGCUUCCAAUUCACCCUAGGCAAUGAGAAUAGCCCAGAGUGCUUUGAACUGCAGGUCUGUGUGAAAGAUUACUGUUUUGCACGGGAAGACCGGACAGUGGGCACAGCUGUUAUGCAGCUAAAAGAUCUUGCACAAAGGGGCAGUUGUGCCUGCUGGCUGCCUCUUGGCCGGCGUAUUCAUAUGGAUGAAACAGGACUGACCAUCUUGAGGAUCUUGUCACAACGGAACAAUGAUGAGGUGGCCAAAGAAUUUGUGAAACUAAAAUCUGACACUCGUUCGCCUGAAGAGGGGAGCUAGAAUGAUGAUUUGUUUAUACCUCCAUUACUCUGAUAAAAAAAUUACCCUAUUUUACUGCCUUGCACCCCAGGCCCACAUUGUAAAUAGUUUGAAUACACUUUGAAAUACACUUUUAACCAAGUCAUUGCCAGCAGUGCUCCCCAAGAUCUGCCUAUUGCUUUCUGGCAGUGACAUGAGUAAAGUGUACAUUAAUACAAACACCAAGGGCUUCAUUCAUAUGUGCCAUUGUGUUAAUGUUUUUCCUGCUGGACCACAUAAGCACAUAUGUUAGGGGGCUGAUGGGCAGUUAAUAGCUCCCUGGCAGUGGGAGGGUUACCUGUUUGAGAGAUCAUGUUUCCCUACAAAUGAAAUAAUUCACACAUCAUUGACCUGACAAUUAAAGUUACCUGCAUCCCACCUGCUGUGUAUAUAGCAUCCUUCCUUUACCAGUGUCUUAUUCUGUGCAAUGGUGCUGCAUGGGUAUUCAUUUUUCAACCCCCAUUACCCCCAAUGAUCUUGGUAUAUGCUAGUCACCUCAUGCCCGUUGCAGUUCCUUGAAUUGGACAGUCACCCACUUGCACGACGCAAAAAAUAAAAAUAAAUAAAGGACACUGCCAGCUACUUAGCACCUCUGUCCUUUCUUAGAAUUUAUCUUAGCACUCAUGGGAUUACAAAUCUCUGAUCCUAUUCAGGGCAAGACACCGGAAGCAUUCUAACUUCCUCCCCCACACAAAUACUGCACAAAGAUUAAAGUUCUGACAUAAAGUGUAGCAUGCUGUUUUGAAGAUUCAACUAUGUUUGACCACUGCGCUCUUUCUUGACCUGGCAAAACUGGGUGCACGUCCGGGUUUUGAUAACUGAAUAUGUC